AUGGAAGCGGGCCCUUGUAUAGACACCCUAAGCUACAUUUCACCUGCAAAAACUGGGGGAAAACAACACAAGAUACAUCUCAGAACGCGAAAAUUAUGGCCGACUUCCCCAAUUAUGAAUGAUACCCGGACAGACAGUUUUUUCCCCAUCGUCACUAUUUUGUGCAGGAACCAUGAUGACUAUAAUCCGUGGGAAACGAAGGACUUGUCCGACGUAGCGAAGGAGAAGAGAAUCAUACGAUGGAGACGCGCCUCGAAAUAUGCAGAAGUGGUCGCGCUAUUGAUUGCUGCGGCACAGAAGCAAGCCCAGAGACUCCCAGAUAACCACUAG